GUUGCCGAGGCUCGUGUCUCACGCAGUUCGGGCGGUCGGUGCCUCGCCCCAGGAAGGGCCGCAGCUCUCCGCGCAGCCGAGCCGGGAUGGCGGUGCAGGUGUCCGUCCUGCCUUCCCGCAGGUGCCUGUUCGAUGAGCCCGUGCAGAUCCGUGUGGCCGGUCUGCAGCCGCAGCAGCCGGUCAUCCUCCGAGCCAGCCUGGUGGACGAGAGCGGGGAGCUUUUCCAAUCCCACGCUCUCUACAGGGCUGAGAGCAGCGGGGAGCUGGACCUCAGCCGCUCCCCAGCGCUGGGGGGCAGCUACUUGGGAGUGGAGCCCAUGGGGCUGCUCUGGGCUCUGCGGUCCAAAACGCCCUAUAAGCGGCUGGCAAAGAGGAACGUCCUGACCCCUUUCUGUGUGGACUUGGAAGUGUAUGAGGGCCGUGGGGACACGAGCCGCUUGCUGGGAAAAUGCACCAAUGAACGAUGGUUUUUAGGAGAGGGGGUGAAGAGGAUUUCGGUCAGAGAAGGUCGUCUCAGAGCAACCCUCUUCCUCCCUCCUGGACCUGGCCCAUUCCCCGGACUUAUUGAUUUGUAUGGAUCUGGAGGAGGUCUUAUUGAAUACAGAGCAAGUCUCCUGGCUAGCAGAGGCUUUGUGACUCUGGCUCUUGCUUACAUGUCCUUUGAAGAUAUCCCUGCUAUGCCAGAGGUCCUUGAACUGAGCUAUUUUGAGGAGGCUGUGAACUUUUUGCGUAAGCAGCAGCAGGUGAAAGAUACUGGCAUUGGUGUUUUGGGCUUGUCUAAAGGAGGUGAUCUAGCCCUUUCCAUGGCCACAUUUCUACCUGGCAUCAAGGCAGCUGUCAGCAUAUCUGGAAGUAGUUUUAAUUCCUUUGUUCCCCUGAAGGGGGAUGGCUUCACUAUUCCUGUCCACCCAUAUGACUUGGGGAGGAUGAAGAUCAGCGAUGAGUCUGGAAUAGUAGAUUUUUCAGAUGUCUUAGAUGAUCACAUGGACCCAGCAACUUGGGAUUGUCGCAUUCCUGUGGAGAAGUCCUUAGCCAAGUUCCUCUUCCUGUCUGGACUGGAUGACAUGAACUGGAAAAGUGACCUCUAUUGCCGGGAUGCUGUUCAGCGCCUUCAGCAGCACGGCCGGGAAGUGGAGUUUUACUCCUACUCUGGAGCAGGGCACCUCUUGGAGCCACCAUACUUGCCUCUGUGCAAAGUUUCAAUCCACAGGGUGCUUGGGAUGUUGAUACAUUGGGGAGGGCAGUGGAAAGAGCAUGCUAAAGCCCAAGAAGAUGCGUGGCGCAGGAUACAGGCCUUUUUCUGGCAACAUUUGAUGGACUCAGACAUCCCUAAGAGCAAGCUGUAGUGAAACCUGUCAUAGAUGCUGGCCAGGGAUGGUAUUUCAGCAUUCACUGGAUCUUGGAAACUCAUUAGAAGUUUCCUGGACUGCCUUCCUCUAAACUCCACUGUUGCAUAGUUGUUUAUUUUCAUUCCCCAAAUAAUUUCCCAUUUUUUAGUUGAAUUUCAGUUGACUUCUGACCCCAGCUUCACAGUAGACUAGCACCAUCUGUGCUGUAGUCUAAAAACAACCCAGCGUCUCAUCAUCUAAAUCACAUUUGUGCUGACCUAUCUUUGCCCUCAAUCUGCAGCCAUCUCCUUUCAUAAGAGGAAAUACUCUCACAGGAGGAGUUAUCCAUUCAAUGGUUUAGUUUUGUACCUUUAACUAACCUAGAUAUAAACAGCAGUUUUGUUGGACAACACAUUAGUACACUCAUCUUUCCUCCUGGUAUAUUGUUUUCUCCCAUUUUAUAGUAAAAAGGUUGCACCAGUUCUGAUCUCAGCUAAGGGAAGAGGCACUCUUCUGGCUUAAUCUGACGUGCAGUGAUAACUUUUUUUUUUUUCUGAUACCUCAAAACCCAGAAAUGAAUCUUACCCAGAUUGCCCUGGUUAUAUCUCCUGCUGAGUCCAUAUAAGUUCCAUAUUAGGGUAAAGUUUUUGCUGCACUACUCAAGGAGUUCAAUGUGCAGUGUAUCUGUGUGUGCACAGUUUGCUUGAGAUUACCUGAAUGAAGCCUUCAACCAUCUGUGCACCUGCCAAUACAUUAAGGAACAAUCUCGGUGUAGCCACAAGCUGUCACUUCACUGGAUUGAAGAAGUCAUGAGCAGAAGUCCUCACCUCCUGUUGGGAAGAGAAGUGUUGGGGUCUGUGGCUUUGCGCAGUGUUCAACAUGGGGUGACACAGAUGUGCCAAGUACUUGGUCUCAUACGGUGAAAGUUAGUUUGUCUUCAUUUUGGGGGGAGCAGUAAAGCCAAUGCUGCUGAGUUCCCAGGAGCCCAGUGAGGUGAGCUGCCUCAGUGGUCCUGCCACUAUAGCAGACAAUUGUGGGCUCAGUGACAGCUAAGAAAUGCCACUCUUCAAGAGAGGACCGACCUCACCUUCUGGGAAGAAUGUGUAUUUUCUUACCCUUUACCAGUGUCCAAACCUGCCAAGGGGGGCUGUAAUCUACCUUGUGCUUUUGUGGGAUAGUGGCAAACAGCAGUUACAUACCAAAUAGCAUCAGUGGAGCAGAUUCUCCCUCCUGGAGCAGUCAAGACUCAUACCCUGACAACAGAAGCAAGCAGGAGCUGGAAGACUCUGCAUUGCAAUGAGGUAGAAAAAUCUUGCCUUUGACUGUGUAGUCCCUGGUUUCUAGUUCCUGCUGAGACAAAAGCCCUGUAGGAGCCUGGAUCCUGCUGAGGGAGGAACCAUGCCCUUAGUUUUCUUGCUUCAGGGAGGCAGUGGUCACUCAAAAUGAGCACAUUGGGCCUCAGAGGGGUGGAGAUUCUCUCAUACAAUUUAUUCAGCACAGACACUCCCUUCAGGUACUUCUGGUUUUCCUGAACCCCGUUCCUCAGACUGGGUACCACGUAGCUGAAGGUGUGAGUAGUUGAGAGUGGGGACAUCUCUCUCCUGCUCACCCAUACUGGUCAUCCAUCAAAUUUUAUGCUGUUGCCUCUUACUUGAUUUCUGUUUGUCCCGUGUGUGCCCACGUCCUGCAUGGACUGUUUGUUCCAGAUGUUUAGUGAGUGGGGGGGACCUGGCAGCUGAGUAACAUAUAACAACAAGGAAAGUCAAACACAUUUAAGCAGUUUCAUCUGGGUAAGGGACAUUUUCUUUUCCCUAAUUUUUCUUUUUUAUUGAAGUAUUCAAAAAACCCUGGGCUGCAGAUCUACAUUAUCCUCAGACUCAGGGUCUUAGGCUGUGAGUUUCUCUGUGGUAUGAGUAAUUCUGUUCUUUUAUUUUUACUGAACACAGUGGGGUUUAUACAAAACAGUGUGUUGGUUUCCAGCCUGUGGGAUAACUCACAUCUAUUUUAAUCCCUUCUGAGGGGAAACCAAGCUUUCCCAGCCUUCAGUGGGUAGAUCAAUGGGUAGUUUGAAUUACAAAAUGGUGACCUUCCAAGAAAAUACAUUAUCUAUAGGAAAC